AUGAACUACGGUUUGUCAGAGUGUGGUUGGGUGACCAAUGUCUAUUUGAGUGAAAGUAAAACGAUUACCAAUUAUGAAACCAUUGGGAAAGUGAACCCCGGGAUUGAGAUCAAGAUUAUAGACAGUGAGGGCCAGUCAUUACCCAGGGAUACAACCGGACAGAUAUGUAUACUCAUAUCUCCCGUGGAAUUGGAGAAUAUUCUGGUGACACACGAGUCGGUAGUGAAUGCGGCGGUCAUUGGUGUCGAUGACUCAGAGGACGGGGAGGUGCCCAUGGGUUUUGUCACCGUCAGGGAUGGCUGUGCUGUUGGGGAACAGGAGCUCAUAGAUUAUGUGAAUAAACGGGUCAAUAAUAUCAAGCAAAUAAGAGUCCUAUUCGUUCCGAUCGACGCCAUCGGACACGUGAAUUCAGCCAUAGGUAUAGCACAGGUACUACUGGACGCCGGACACCAGUGCCUGUUCGCCAUAAACAUCCAAUGGAAGGGUCGGCUCACAAAGUACGGCAUCGAUGAGGUGCUCAUCGCACAGGACGACAGGCCCACUGAUGUAGACCCGGCUCAACACUGGGCCGACCUGUUUGUGAACGGGGGCGGCAUUAAAGACACGACACCUUUGGAAACGGCGAUCAAUAUUAGGACGAAACUAAUGGCACAAUUCACCGAAGAGACGAAGGGCUUGGAUGUGAUAGUGGACGGGCUGUUGAAGGCCAAUCGGUUUAAUAGGGACUCAAAGUAUUUAAAUAUUUAUGGCUAUCCACUGGAGUUGGAUUACCUGGACAUCAGAGAAUUGCCUCCGAAGUGGUAUAGAUUUGAUAAUCUUAAA